CAAAUUGAAGUUGUCCGUGACUCGUGGAGGGGAAAACCAGUGACCGUAGUAAAAGUGCCCGACGUCUUCAGUCUGCCUGUGAAAGCUGUCAUAGAAGAACUGCAAAGCUGUGCGCUUCUUUCUUUUCCUGGACCACAUGUUCUGCUGCUGUUAGUGAAACCUUCAGAUUUCACUGAGAUGGACAGAAAAACACUGAAGUUCUUCCUGAGCAUGUUUGGCCCAGAUGUCUUCAAACAUUCAAUGGUUAUUUGUACACAUAAAGAGGAAAUGACUCCCCCUGUUAAUGACCUGAUCGUAGAAUGUGAAGGAAGAUGCACGUUUAAUGAUGACCACAAAGUGUUGCAGAAGAUUGAGGACAUUAUUCGUAAAAACAAAGGAACGCACCUCACCUUUCAAAACACCAGCUGGCCAAAGUCUGAACACAACAAGCCUCCUUUAAACCUGGUUCUGUUUGGGAGCCGAGGAGAAGAGAAGACUUCAGCAGCUGAAGCCAUUUUAGGUCAGAAAGAUCUUCAUCCAGCCUCCAGACCUUCAGAGUGUGUUCAACAUCAGGGGGAGGUGUGUGGACGUUGGGUUUCUGUGCUGGAGCUGCCUCCUCUGUACGAGAAACCACACAGGGAAGUGAUGGAGGAAUCACUCAGGUGUGUCUCCCUCUGUGAUCCUGAGGGGGUCCAUGCCUUCAUCCUGGUCCUACCUGUGGGUCCCCUCACUGAUGAAGACAAGGUAGAGUUACAGAUCAUCCAGGACACGUUCAGCUCUCGAGUCAAAGACUUCACCGUGAUUCUGUUCACUGUGGAGUCGGACCCUGCAGCUCCAGCUGUGUCCAACUUUGUAAAGGAGAACAAGACCAUCCAGGAGCUCUGUCAGAGCUGUGGAGGAAGAUCUGUUGUUCUCAACAUCAAGGACAAGAAGCAGAUCCCAGAACUGUUGGAGAUUGUGGACAAAAUGUCCUCUGAAGGGUCCAAAUGCUUUACAAAGGACAUGUUUCUCAGAGCUCAGAUAGAGAAGGUUGUACAGCAGGAAACACUUAAUGUUAAACUCAAAGCUGAACUUCUGGAAGUCAAAAAGAAAGGUGACAUGGCAACAGAUGAUGGAAAUCAGAGUAGAGAGUGUUUCAGGAUGGUUCUGAUAGGGAAAACUGGCAGUGGGAAGAGUGCAACAGGAAACACUAUUCUCGGCAAAGAUCAUUUUAAAUCCAAACCCAGCGGGAGGUCAGUCACCAAGAUUUGUGAAAAAGCAACAGGAGAGGUCGAUGGUAAACCAGUGGUUGUUGUAGACACACCUGGUUUGUUCGACACAACUGUGUCCAACGCUGAAGUUGAACAGGAGCUUGUGAAAUGCAUCAGCAUGUUGGCUCCUGGACCUCACGUGAUCUUACUGGUCCUGCAGAUCGGUCGAUUUACAAAAGAGGAAAAAGAAACUGUGGAUCUGAUCAAAAAAUACUUUGGCAAAAAUUCACAAAAUUUCAUCAUUGUUACAUUUACCAGAAAAGAUGAACUGAAAAAUCAAACCUUUGAGAGUUAUCUUGAAGAAGAAUGCGAUGACUUCGUCAAAAAACUGAUUUGUGAGUGUGGAGGCCGAUAUCAUGUCUUCGAUAAUAAUUCCCAAGAGAAACGUGCCCAGGUCAGUGACCUGCUGCGGAAGGUUAAAUCAGUGGUGAAUGAAAAUGAUGGUGGCUGUUACACCAACGACAUGUUCCAAGAGGCUGAGGUGGCAAUAAAGAAGGAGGUGGAGAGAAUCCUGAAAGAGAAGGAGCAAGAGAUGCAGAAACAGAAAGAAGAGCUUGAACAAAAACAUCAAGAAAAAAUACAAGCGAUGCAGUUAAAAAUGGAAGAACAACGAGCCGAAAUUGAGUUGGAAAGAAAAUUUAGAGACAAACAACUUAAAGAUAUGGAGGAAAAUAUAAAUAAAGAGCAAGAACAGAGAAAGAAAGAACAAGAGAGUAGACAAGAGGAGGACAACUCGAGGAAAUGGCAAGAAGAACUUAAGCAAAAAGAAUGGGCACAAAAACUCAUAGAUCUAGAAAGCAAGAUAAAGUCAGAAGAACGGAAAAAAGAAACCACUGACAGAGAGCUGGAGAAGAGCAGAGAAGAGAUCAGAAAAGCACGAGAAAACUGGGAAAGGGAAAGAAUAGAGUGGUGGGACAAAAGAUAUCAAGACAGCGAACAGAGACGUCAAGAGGAGCAAGAAAAACUAACAAAGCUCCAAGAGGAAUACGAGAAAGAGCGAGAAAAAGAUCAAAAUAAAAGGAAAGAAGAGGAUCGGCUCAGAAGAGAAACGGAGGAGAAGGAAAGGAAUGAGCUGGAGGAAAGCUUUAAGAAAAAAAUGGAAAACAUGAAGAGGAAAUAUGAAGAGGAGGCCAGGAAACAAGCUGAAGAGUUCAAUGAGUUCAGGGAGAAAUACACCAAAGAUUUUAAGGCUCUGGUGGAGAAACACAUGGAGGAAAUACAAGAGCUGAAGCAAAGGUAUAAAGAAGAAACCCUAGAGACCGAAGAGAGACACAACCGAGAGUUCACCCAAUUAGGUGAACUCUCACUCCACAAAGAGAAACACCUCAAAGAAAAAAUGGAAGAUUUGCAAAGAAUGCAUGACAAAGAAGUGGAAGAUCUAAAAAACAAGUACAAGAAUACAGGUUGUAUUAUCCUUUGAAUGUGAUUCUUCACUCAGAGUCUUGUCAAACUCUAGAGGGCACACUGCACAUUUGACGUCCACCAUUGACAAAACGGGCAAACGUCUUGAUUUGGUGUUUUAACUGAAUUCAGUUCAGUUUAUUUC